CACCCGUUCCAUUGCCAUUCUCUCAAGUCUUAACUUGUAUUGAGAGAAAAGUUUAUAGUGGCGGAGUCCAUGUUGGGAAAUAAAGUCAGGAUGUACCGAGGAAGGGGCUGCGCUGUGAAGAAGCCAGUGUAAAAACACUCCACAGACUGAGGGGUAAAGUAAAGUUGUUCUGCUUUCGGUGAUGUGUCUGGACAACCAGGAUUAUGAGCGAUAACGACAUCCUCGAGAUGGAUUCUGUGUGUGAAACAGAGGAGAUGGAGGCUGAUAUGGAGCUGGGCAUGAUAGACGAGGACGUGGUUUACCCCCAGGAGUUUUUACCCACUUACCACAGUAUUAAAGAAGGAGCAACAAUCAAAAAAGCGCUACUGGCAGAGUUUAAUGACAAACCCGACUCCUUGUUCUUCAACGAUGGGGUGAGGAGGAUCGACUACAUCCUGGUGUACGAAGAUGAGGAUAAGAAGGACUUUGACAAGAGGCACACGUUCAUGCGGCGCAAGAGGCGGCGGGAGUACUUUGAAGCCAGCCUGAUGAAGAUGGGCAUAGAGCUGGAGGCGACACAAUCUGUGAUAAACGACAAGCUGCUCUUCGUGAAGGUGCACAUGCCGUGGGACGUGUUGUGCACCUACGCCGAGGUCCUGCACAUCAAGCUGCCCAUCCAGCCCAACGACCUGUCCUCCCGACCGUCGGCAUGGCGCCACCUCUCCUGCAUCACCAAACACUUCUACCCCGACGAGGAGCUGAUCAUCAAGGAGACGGAGUUCUUCACCGCCCCCUUUGAGAAGGACCGUCUGGAGUACUUCCACGUGAGGGACAGGGACCUCUUCUUCACCGCCGCCAUGAGGAGCAGGAUGGCGUACUACAUCCUGAGUCGAGCCCCCUAUGAAAUACGAGGGAAUAUCAAGAAGUUUGGCGUCACCAAACUGCUGGACGGUGGAGUGUACAAAGCCGCCUAUCCCCUCCAUGAUUCCAGGUUCAAUGUGAAGUCCACAGAGGAGGGCUGCCCCAGCGAGAGAUAUCUGCUCUACACAGAAUGGGCUCAUCCCAAAAGCUUCUACAAGAUGCAACCUCUGAACCUCAUCAGGAAGUAUUACGGCGAGAAGAUUGGCAUUUACUUUGCCUGGUUGGGUUUCUACACAAUUAUGCUGGCUCUGGCUGCCGUCGUGGGACUGGGGUGUUUCAUUUAUGGGUACAGGACUCAAGAUACCAGCACCUGGAGCAAGGAGGUGUGUGACCCUGCCAUUGGAGGAAAAAUAGUGAUGUGUCCGCAGUGUGACAGAGAGUGCAUAUACUGGAGGCUAAACAGCACAUGUGAAGCUUCAAAAAAACUUUGCAUAUUUGAUAACUUUGGGACCUUGGUGUUUGCAGUCUUCAUGUCAAUCUGGAUCACACUGUUCCUGGAGUUUUGGAAGCGCUACCAGGCGGAGCUGGAGUACAUGUGGGACACUGUGGAGUUUCUGGAGCAGGAAGAGCCGCCUCGGCCAGAAUAUGAAGCCAAGUGUAUUUAUGAGAGGAAAAACCCCGUCACUGGGGUAAAGGAAAAAGUGCCUUACACAGCCUGUGGACGAUGUGUCCGGUUGUCAAUAGGAAUCGGGACAGUCUUUUUCUGGAUUCUGUUGAUCCUGGCGUCCAUCGUGGCCAUCAUCGUGUACCGCCUGGCUGCUUUCUUCGCCUUCUCCGCCAAACUGCGGGCUCAGGACCUGAAGGAGCUGGAGCCGCUGAAGGAGUACGUGACGCCUCAGAUGGCCACCGCCGUCACCGCCUCCCUCAUCAGCUUCAUUGUAAUCAUGGUCCUCAACAUCCUGUAUGAGCGCGUCGCCAUCUGGAUCACUGACUUUGAGCUUCCUCGGACUAAGACGGACUACGAGAACAGCCUGACCCUGAAGAUGUUCCUCUUCCAGUUCGUCAACUACUACUCCUCCUGCUUCUACAUCGCCUUCGCCAAGGGGAAAGCGGUCGGCUUCCCUGGAGAUCCCGUUUAUCUUUUGGGAAAAUACCGCAACGAGGAGUGUGAUCCGGGCGGUUGUCUGAUUGAAUUGACGACUCAGCUCUCUAUCAUCAUGGGGGGAAAAGCCAUCUGGAACAACAUCCAGGAAGUCUUGCUCCCGUGGGUUAAAAACCUGAUUUUCCGCUACUGCACUCGUGCUACCUCGGAGAAGGUGAUUCCUCGCUGGGAACAGGACUACCAGCUGCAGCCACUUUCCAAACUCGGACUCUUCUACGAAUAUCUGGAGAUGGUGAUCCAGUUCGGCUUUGUGACUCUGUUUGUGGCCUCCUUCCCUCUGGCUCCCGUCCUGGCGCUGGUCAACAACCUGUUUGAGAUCCGGGUCGAUGCCUGGAAGAUCACCACUCAGUUCAGACGCAUCGUGCCGGAGAAGGCUCAGGACAUCGGGGCCUGGCAGCCCAUUCUCCAGGGCAUCGCCAUACUGGCUGUCGCGACAAAUGCCAUGAUCAUUGCGUUUACCUCCGACAUGAUUCCGCGGCUGGUCUACUACUGGUCCUUCUCCGUGUACCCGUAUGGAGAUCACUCUAACCACACCAUGCAGGGCUACAUCGAGAGCUCGCUGUCUCUAUUCAACAUCAGCGACUUCUCUAAUAGCAGCGUGCCCAUGAGGACGCCUUACAACAUCACCACCUGCAGGUAUCGAGAUUUCCGGUAUCCCCCAGGGCAUCCCAGGCAGUACGAGUACAACGUCUACUACUGGCACGUGAUCGCUGCCAAACUGGCUUUUAUAAUCGUCAUGGAGCACAUCGUUUACCUCACCAAGUUCGUCCUGUCCUACGUGAUCCCCGACGUCCCGUACGCCGUGAAGGAGCAGAUCAAACGAGAGAAGUACCUGACCCAGGUCAUCCUCCAUGAGACCAACCUGAAGCUGGUGACCAAACGCUUGAAGCCCGUGGACGACGGGACGGUUAAGUGCGGGAAGGUGAACCUGACGCGGGAGGAGAUGGAGCUCGAUUUCUGAACGUAAAAAAAAGUAUGGAGGAACGGAUCAAACCAGACUGUACAUACAAGAAUACACCGUUGUAUGCAGCGUCCGGGACAAGGAACGGACAUUCGUGAUGGAAAAUGUGCACAAAGGAAUCUUUGAGACAAUGGGCUCCUGGGGGCAGACAUUAAACAGCCCCCUUAUGGUUGUUUCACCACUUGUUUUAUUAUGUUUCUAUUUGUUGUCGUUACGCAUCACCCAGUGGCUUUGUCUCUUUGUGGUCAUUGUGUAAACGUUUUGUCCUUUUAAUAAUUUAAUGUAUUAAUAUGCCCCCAUUUUUAGUUGUUUUGUGACUUUUUGUGGUCAUUUUACCCUUUUUAUAGUCUUUGUGUGUUUUGGUUUCUUUGUGGUCAUUUUGAGUAUCAUCCUGGUUGGAAAUGUUGUACGUGAUCGUGAGAGUCCUCUGCUCACCCGGGGGGGAAAACGGAAGGAGAUGAGGGACGUCCACCACGAGACAAAGUCCACAGGUAGGGCUUCUCCGGGCUGGCAGUGGGGCCAUCGACACGUUGGUCCACUUAUCCAUCCAUUGCUGUGUAGUAGGAAAGAAGACAUCCUUAUAACACUGUUGGGGGUGAACGAAAGGAGAACCACUGUAGUUUUUAUAUUCCUUUUAACUGUCCUCACACUCAACGCAAAGCAUGAAAAGGAGAAUGAACAAUGCUUCCGUCCUCUAUCACCUCUAAGAGGACAGAUAUUAUGUAGCAGACACAAACAAGGUGUGGGAUUAACAAGUUAUUUCUUUCGGACUGUCGUUUUCAACUAUGAGUUCAAUAGUUUGUUCAAAUCUGAAUCCAUAUUCAAUUUAUAUCUAUUUAGGUUUAAGUAUUUUUGCUUAUUUCUGGAACCUGGUUUGGAACCCACAGCAAAGACACAAAGGGACAUCAAAACGGCGUCUCGUACUUUGAAGCUUCACACUAAAUAACACAUGGUGAGCUGACAAGAUUUUAUUAUAGCACUAUAGCACUCAUCAGUGUCGGCUUAAAGUGUAAAAUACAGGAUAGUUUGGAGGCCUCAGAAAGCUUGUGAGCAUAAAGUGUUUUUAAAUGUACAUUUUGUCUUCAAUCUACAUUUUACGUUGACUAUAUGUGUGUUUCAGUCAGUCUAUUGAUGCAACAAGUGCCACGACAGCGAAAGUAUCAGUAUUAUUAUCUAUAAAAACCACUAUGCCAUUUUUUACUGUUAGCAGAACUAAUGAGCUAAGGUAAUGCUUAACAUCUCAUUACGUGAGUGAUGAGAUGAAGGUGUUGGAAUAGACAUGGACUCACCUGUGCCUCUAAUACCUUCACCUGUGUAUAGUUAGCCAUUCUAAUAUCAUAUUUUUUGUUAGAAAUAGUCGCAGUCUAGUCUAUUAGUUGUGAGUCUCUUUCUCUCAUCUAUUGAACUGUUUUGCACUUUUUUUUUUCUUCCAGUUCCUGUGAUAGCAACCCAGUCAUUUAAUCCUCUCCUGUGUUUUCUGAAUUCUUAAAUCAAUACCUCUGCUGUAUUAUUGCAUUGCAUUGUGAUUAAAACAAUGGUACUAUAACCACCGUGUAUGUAAACAGUAUCAUAUACCAGCAAUACAUGAUGAUGCAUUUCUGUCCUGUGUGACUUUAAUCCUCCCAUAAAACAGUUUUAUUAAAAAAGUG